GAACACACAGCAGAACGAGGAAUCUACUCGAUGGAUCAGCAUUGGAGUAUGGGCAACGGAAUUUGGAACAUCUUAAACUGUACGGGAAUCACGAAGAAGACAGAGACGAGGCUGACAAUGACUCGCAUUUCUCCUAUGGAGCCGAUUUCGACGAUGAGGAUGUGAUCAAAUGUUCGCGCAGUCUGCUAAAUGAAAAAAUGCAUGGGGCCCAGAAGCUCACGAGAAUGCUGCAAGCGGUACUGAGGGACAAAUUGAAGAACCACAAGAAAGUUGAAGAGCAUGAAACACAUUCUCUGCAAGCGGAAAUGGUACAGGAAGACGAUGGCGAAGUUGGCAAGGAAGCAGAUGGCUCCGAGGUGAAUGGGGACGACAUAGAGGAGAAGAUUGAAGUGAAGCACUCCUUAGCGCAGGAGGGAGCGAAAGUUGAAAUUCGUCCUCCAACCGCAGAAAUUGAAAAUGACAAUAGUGGCACUAUUACUGAGAACGCGGAGCGCGGUGAGGUGAAAGAAGGUGAACCCGAGAUGGAAAAUGAGACGAGCGAUCAGCCCGAGAAUGAGUUGGGAAGCAACCAGCAAUCGCCAGAACCACCAGUACCAGCAGAUGAUGCUGGGGAGAUUCAGAAAUUAAGCAGUGAGAGCGCUGGAGAGGAUCUUCCAAAGAGCGCAUCGCCAACUGAGGAAACUGAUCAGAAAGUGGAUGAAGGCGAAAUGAAGAGUCGUGAGGGAACUCUCCCUCUGCAAGCACUCCAAUAUCGAAGGAAACUGAUCGGGAAUU